ACUUAUUGUUUGCUUUGUCUGUCAGAGUUUGCUUUUCGUAGUCAUGUCGGGGCGAGGCAAAGGCGGUAAAGGGCUGGGGAAAGGGGGCGCCAAGCGUCACCGGAAGGUCUUACGGGACAAUAUCCAGGGCAUCACCAAGCCUGCGAUCCGUCGGCUGGCCCGCCGUGGCGGCGUGAAGCGCAUCUCUGGGCUCAUCUACGAGGAAACCCGUGGAGUGCUGAAAGUCUUUCUGGAGAAUGUGAUCCGCGACGCGGUGACUUACACUGAGCACGCGAAACGCAAGACGGUCACGGCCAUGGAUGUGGUGUACGCUUUGAAACGCCAGGGCCGCACUCUGUACGGUUUCGGCGGCUGAGCCGUGCCCGCAGCUUCUCUACGGAACUCCAAAGGUCCUUUUCAGGGCCCCCAAAGCUUCAAAACAAGAGCUGUUAACAUUUUACAUAACUAAAGGCUGUCUCAUCUAAACGUAAGAUAGGUGGUGUGAAUGUACCAUUGCGGAUAACAUUGGUCGAAUGCUUGCUCUCCUAACAGCUGCUCUUGGUGGGUCUUUUUCCCACCUGUACGGAGAGUAAAAUGAGAGGAGGCAUAACGGCUAUAGUGUUCUGAUUGGGGAUCCCGGGGGCGCAUUGGAGUUGAGGCCUCGCUCUUUUACUUGAGUGUGGAAUUAAGUUUGGGAGAAGGGACGUCCCUACCUUAACAGUCGUUUCGUGAGUGGCAGCUGAACUCUCGGGUUUAGAAGAUAACAUAGUUAACUUUUAUGCAAAUGAGGACUGGGCUGGAGGGGAAGCUCAAGCUUCAAAGAGGGUGGUUCCUCGCCCGCCGACUGCGGCCUCUUAGGCCGCGGGAGCCUCGGCGUCCAAUAGGAAAGCGGCUCUGCAGACAAAUCAGAAGCUGCCAAAUGCGUCCGGUAGUGUGUCCCACUGGAGCUACCCAGCGUGUAAAGUGUAUCUUCGCUGAUGUAUUCAGUGAGAGGUGAGCAAGUCCAGACGCUAAAACAUGGCGGUAAAGUGCAGGUGACGCCCAACAAAGCUCGUGGGCCCACCGCGCAAACGAAGCUGCGCUGAGUGGGUGGGCAUCCGGGCACCCGAGUACUUGACCGCGGAAAUCAUGGAGUUGAUGGGCAGGGGCAAAGAAAGUAAGCGUUCCUCCACCUGCAGUUCGGCAUUGAAACGGCGAGGAACUCAACAACUGGCUGGAAAUCCGCAUCCCAAAGCGGCGUCCUGCUUCACGUCCAGGCCGUGCUGGUGGCGAGAGCAGGGAUUGGAGGGGACGAUUGGGGGAGUCCACCUACGGACAGGCCGACGGGGACCACCAGUGAGGCGAGGUGGGGCGGGUAUCGGUAGCAUCAGACACGCUACAGCUGGUUCUGUCGCUCCUAACCUCUGUUAUGUAGAAAGAGAAUUGGGAAGAGAGCUUUAGAACCUAAAAUUUCAAUGGGGAUCCCAUGCAGCGUUAACGAAUCUCCUCCAGGUCUGUCUUUUCCAAACAUCGUGAAAAGUCACUUAGGUCCCUGGAGAUGGUUGGCUGGGGUCGCUUUGGGUGUUUUCCAGCCUUAAAGACAGCGAUGCAUGUCUCGUUUAAGAACGUCCCGGUUUUUGACAUCAAAUGUUCUCUAGCCAGGAAAACAUUUCCUGUAUUCACUCAGCCUGAGCCUGUCAUCAUACUGUAAUGGUUACAAAACCACUUACUGAGUGAGUGCUUACUGUGUGCCAGAUACUUUGAACAUACUUUAUUCCAUGAACACAUUUGACUGCCUAGCAAAUCCAUGAAGUAUUUAUUAUUAAUUCCCAUACACAGAUGUGGAAACUGAUACAGGGGUUAAAGAGCUGGAGCCAGGAUUUCAACCCAGCUCCGUUCUAUUCUGCACCCCUUGCCCUUAAUGCUUGUGCUGCACUGCUUCUGGCAUAGAGGCUUGUGUCCUUUACUGAUAUCUCACUUCUAAGCACUUUCUCCCACUCCAUAAAGGCUGAAGUCUAUUCAUCAUGCUGGUAUUUCUCAAUUUUUAAGACAGGGAGACAGUGCCAGAAGCUCGAAUUUCUUUAACACAAUUGAAAAACUGAGUUACUUAAAGGAAACAGUAGACUCUGGUACACUACUCUGCCCUUUGUUGAGUAAAUGAGUGAAUUUGCAUAGAUAAAUAACACAUCACCUAUUUGUAUGCGGGUGUCGGGGGAGAAGGUGAGGUGACAACGGAAGCAGAGGGAUAAAAGGCAGUGUGAGGAGGGGCCACAAGCCUAGGAUGAAGACAGCUUUUAGAAGGUGGAAAAGACAAGGAACUUAUUUUCCCCUAGAUCCUCCAGAAGGGACCAGCCCUUCCAACACCUUGAUUUUUAUCCCUGUAAGAAGGCUCAUUUCGAAUGUCUUAUCUCCAGAAAUGUAACAGUAAGUUUGUAUUGUUUUAAGCCUCUGAGUUUGUGGUAAUGUGGUGCAGCAGCAACAGGAAACUAAUGCACAGCCUUUCACUACCGUGCACUUGGUGAAGGCCUCACAUGCUUUCGGGAAUCUCACUCAGAUGGCUUGCCUCUCCCCAGCCUUCAGAAUGAUUCCCCCAUGUAAAGGUCCUGUGGGGGAGUUGAGGGGAGCUUCUGUGACUGAAGCUUCUGUGGAUUCUGUGUGUCACCGCAGUCCAUGUGUGUGGUGUAAGGCCUGAAAUUCAGGUUCAAUAUUAUGUGCUGCCUUGAUAUCUGAAACCAGGGGAUGCCUUGAAUGGCCUAACCAUAAGUACCCCACCUCCCCACUCUGCUCCUGUGGAUGAGGUCUCAUAGCAGAACAACCCUCUUUACCAAACAGACUAAAUGCAGUUCCUGUUUAUUCCUGAAUAGUGGGGUUCGUUUCCCUGCCAGACCAAGGAAUUAUCCAAACAAGCCAAUCACAUCCUCCUACAGGAACCAGGGGGCACCUCAUUCUGAUAGUACAAAAGCCUGCCUCUGGCAGGCCCUGGUUGCCCACUCUGUUCCUGAGUGCACCCCCCAUGUGGCCCUGCAUGGCAUGUGGUGUCCUCCCUAUGCCCACUGUGAGUAUAUGUGACUAAUAAACUACUGUCAGUCUCAUCUCUCCAGUGUAGAGCGCCAUGUGUUCAGCCAUCCCUAUAUCCCUAGUGUGUAUUUAGUAUUUGUAAAUAUAUAAAGAUCUCUUUAGAACUUGAGAACAUAACAUUUUGUUUCAUUUUAGAAAUCUAGUAAGUAUUGUCAUGUACGAAUUCAGAAGUACAAUGAAUUAGAACUUGGUUACUUUAUUCAUCCUUGGAUGGACUUUUUUCCUUUUCUGUAUUAACCAAAAAUAAGAGGUGGAAAAUAGAAUGGUCUUAUGUUUCACUGAGCUGGAGUGGAAUACUAAUAUGUAUUUAGCAUUUAUAAAUCAGUUGUUGGACCAGACAUUCAUCAGUUGUGUCAGGGAAGAUAAAAGAUAACCCUAGAUUUUGGAAGUAUAAUGUGUCAAUGUGACAUCUCUUGUCAUUAUAUGUCUCUUUUUUUUCAGGUCCAGUCCUAUCAUUCUAUUACAUGACAUGCUGUGAUUAUUAUUAAUUUCUGUGUGGAUGGACAUUUAGGUGAUGCCUGUUUGUUUGCUACCAUGAACAAUAGUAAUAUAAUGAACAUUCUUGUAAAACUGAACAAUCUUGAAGACAUGUAGUUUUUCUCUUUAACGCAUAUACCUAGGCAUUCAAAUAAUGAGUUAUAAUAUGUGGACAUCUUCAUCUUUACAAGAUGGUGCCACAAAGUUUUCCAAAACAGUUAUUACAAUUUAUCUUCUCAUGUAGUAUAGAUGACAGUUCCCAUGUGCCACUUCUUAGCAAUACUUGGUAUCAUGAGACUCUAAUAUUUUUGCCUGUUAUUUCAUUAUGGUUUUAAAUCUAAAUUCCCCAUUUCCUAUGAGAUGGAAUAUCUUUUCACAUUUUUAAUUUGUAAUUCAUAUUUGUUUGUUUAAUACCACUUCAUGAUUUGACUAAUUUUUCUAUUGAGAGAUCUUCUUCUUACUGAAUUCUUCAUGUUGAUUCGAGUAAGCUUUUAUUGGUUAUAUGUAUCAUAAAUAGCUUACCUCAGUGUAUAGCUUAACAUUUUGCAGUCCUUAUGACAUCUUUUGAUAAAUUGAAAUUCUUAAGUUUAAUGUAGUUAAGCACAUCAAACAUUUUCAACUUGCCAGUUCAUUCAACCAACUGGGAAAAAAAAAUCACUAGUGACCAAUUCAGGGGAACAAAACUUGCAGCUCUUAACACCAGGCCCAGUUUAAGAGAGGGUGGUGCCUAUAAAAUUAAGAAAAACCAUCUAACUUUUUUAACUGUGAUAUUUCUCCUGCCUAAGGGGCAUUGUAUAGACCAACUUAAGAGUUAAAAUCCUUUUGCAUAUUCAAUUUUUAACUUGUAAAAUAAAUGCAAUUAUAAAGAUACCCUCUGAGAAACUAUUUUCUGAAUUAUUAGGGGGGAUAUUUUUAAGGAUGUUAUACUGCUUUGCAUGGUCACAAAAACUUUGAGUGAGCAUAUCAUUUAAGUGUUUAAUAUUAUUAUUUUCUGUUUUAAUAAAUUAUUUAAGAUUUCCUUCAUAUUUGUGAGUACCAUCUAGAUGUAUGACAAUGUUUACACUAUUCUCAAAUGUAUUCAAUAUAUUUAAUAUAUUCAUCAAGUUGGUCUUUUGAUUUACUAAAUGGAACCCAUUCCUUGAAGAAAAAAGAAUCAAAUUAGC